CUUGCUUCUGAUGUGUUCAUGAACGUUCCGAGCAACAGAGUUUUGACCGAUGUGCAGUCGUAAUGUCGAUUUCAGAGCAUGGCAGAAGUCAUCAUGGCCAGCUGCUACUUCAACCAUGUGCAGCCCAUGUGCAGUACACCUAAAACAGUCUACUUUCUGCUCAUGAGUUAGAAAGAUUUUACAGAAGGCUGUGUGCAUAAGAGUGUUGUGAAGAUGUACCAGAUCGUAUCAUCAACUGUUGGAGAUUUUGGCAUUGGUGCCAUGAGCCAUUACUCACCACCUAAGCAGAAGAGAGUUGGUAGACCAAGGCGCCCAGUGAUAAAAGCGAGUGUGCUUGGAGUCAUACUGGUUCUUGCUGCGAUUGUAGCAUGGUGCUACUACUCCGCUUCUCUCCACAAGGCCAACCUUCUGACAACUGAACGACUGGAUCUUAACAAAGAUGGUUUUUUCAUCCGAAACCAAGCUGGGGUUGUCAUUUUCAAAAUGGCAUUCAGGUCUGGAACCCUUGAUCUGGACUCAUGUUCAAAAGAGGGACAGAUUCUCAGAUGUGACAAAUCCAUAGCUGGAAAUAUACAUUUCUUCAUAGAAACGGUAAAGCCUAAAGACACAGUUGAGUGCUAUCGUGUGCGCUGGGAUGAGCUGGAGGAACAUCGGUUGGUGGAGCAUGUCAUGUCCUGCAGUGGAUCACACUGGUACGGUGGUGCGGAGACUUGGUUGCAGCAUUGGCCAAUAGUAUUAAAAGGACAGCAAGAACCCAAACCUUUCAUUACAGGCGAUAUCCAUUCGAAUUAUCAGGCAUUUGGUGGCAUCUUAGAGCGCUACUGGCUUUCUUCCAAUGCUACGGCCAUAAAAAUUAAUGAUUCUGUUCCUUUUCACCUUGGCUGGGAUGAAACGAACAGAACUCUGUGGUUCCAAGCUCGAUACGAUGACAGCCCUUAUAGGCCAGACCCCGGUAAUCCCCAUCAUGUGACACUUAGCUAUCGUGUAUGUGUCGGGCAUGACAUCACCUCUAUACACAAGUACAUGGUACGUCGAUAUUUCAACAAGCCCAAUAAGGUUCCCUCAGAAGCUGUUUUCAGACAACCAAUGUGGUCUACAAAAGCUCUAGAAGAAGUCAACGAAGAAAGAAUUUUGAAAUAUGCAUCUGAUAUUCAAAAAAAUGGCUUCAACUGCAGUCACCUGGAGCUGUACGACAGAUAUACUAGUGGCUAUGGGGAGUUUGAGUUAGAUCCCAUCAAGUUUCCCAACGCCUCAGCCAUGUUUCAAAAACUUAGGGAUGAUGGAUUCCAGGUAACCUUGUGGACUCAUCCAUUUGUCAACUAUAAUUCUGUCAAUUUUGGUGUUGGAGUAGAACAAGGACUGUUUGUACGAGUGCCCGGUAGCCAGCUUCCUGCAUUGGUGCGUUGGUGGAAUGGUAUCGCUGGCAUUUUGGAUUUCACAAAUCCAGAAGCUCGGGACUGGUAUGCCUUGAAUCUCUGCACCCUCAAGAACAAGUAUGGAGUGGUAUCUUUUAAGUUUGAUGCAGGAGAAACAAGCUACUUACCCCAGCAGUUCAGUACCUUUGUUCCUCUGCAGGAUCCCAGUACUUUUACUCGCCGCUACACUGAGAUGGCACUACCGUUCAAUGACCGUGCAGAGCUGCGGUCCGGCUAUCAGUCUCAAAACAUCUCCUGCUUCUUCAGAAUUAUAGACCGUGACUCACUAUGGGGAUACACCCUAGGCCUCAAAUCUAUAAUUCCAACUGUACUUACUAUAAGUAUUCUUGGCUACCAGUUUAUUCUGCCAGACAUAAUAGGCGGAAGUACAACCUCUAACCUCACUGGCCUUCCAGAUCGUGAGCUGUACAUCCGUUGGCUAGAGCUCUCAGCUUUCAUGCCAGCCAUGCAGUUCUCACUUCCACCAUGGCACUAUGAUGAUGAGGUAGUGAAUAUCGCCAAGAAGUUCACUGCUCUCCAUGAGUCGCUUGUAGCCCCUCGGGUUCUGGAGCUUGCUGGGGAAGUGCUGUACACUGGGGAUCCCAUCAUUCGCCCUCUUUGGUGGAUUGCAACAGAUGAUGAGGCAGCUUACAAAAUUGACUCUCAGUUCCUGAUAGGAGAUGACCUUCUGGUGGCACCUGUACUUGAACCAGGCAAGCAAGAAAGAGAUAUAUACCUUCCUGCGGGCAGGUGGAGAAGUUACAAGGGAGAGUAUUACAAGGGAGACAAAGGACCCAUAUACCUUACUGAUUAUCCAGUGGACUUGGAUGAAGUUGCUUACUUUGUGUGGUCAGGAUAGUUGUAAGUAGGUACAGGAUGAGCCCAAACAAAACCCCAAGUCUGCUAAAUACUGAUCUGGCCAUACCAUAACUUAUUUGUACAAUCAUGUGACUUUUAAACAAAAUGAAUAGUUUGUAUACUAAUAGCACCAGCAAGGUUUAUGUUGUAGUUUGUCCAUAUGUUGAUAAUGCAUACGUCUCAAGAAAUAGGCUUCUCAGAAAAUAGGCCACCCACCUGUCGCAAAAAAAAUUGUCAUUAUUAUGGUUUCUGAUCAUUGUGAGUAAAAUAUCAGCACAUUUUCAGUUUAAAGCAAAAUCCAGUGAA